CUUUAUAUAGGCUAAUGCAGAUGCGUUGCCCUCCUGAAUUAUACGCUUAAGUGUAAAAUUGAAAAUAAUAGGCCUACGUACUUGUGGGACCAGGGGGGAAGUGCUGUCUUGAGGAAUUCACUACUCCUAGACGCUAUCGAGGCAUAUUCGUGACAGUAUUUCAAAACCGAUUUAAAGUCUGAUAAGAACUUUCUGAAAGGUCUUUGAAUUCCUGAUUAGGCUGUAACCAUUCGAAAAAAUAUAUAGCUGUUUUUAGUCAAAUUUGACAACAUAUCACCGAAAUCAUAAAUAGGAGCAUUCUUACAAAGCUAGAAUGCUUUGCCUCCCUUUUUUUAUUGUAUAGUAUUUUUUAAAGUUAUAGUUGAUAAGUCAAAAAUAGUUUGUUUUUUUGCUCCCUAAAAGUAAAUAAUCGUCUGUUCAUGAUUGGGAUUAUCGCAUGGAGACAUAAAUGGAAAAAUUGAUGAAGAAAUGACAGACGGAGAUUAAGGAAGAAAUAGUCAGUUGAAAUAACAUUUAAAAAGAAAAAUAACAACAAAAAAAAGAAACAUUACAUAGAUAGAGAGAUGUUGGCAUAAGGCACUUCUCGCAGUUGAUGUUAAUUUCUCAUUCGCGCAACAACUUUUGCUCUCAAGCUCAACAUCCAUUCUAAUAUUAUUGGGAGAGUUUUCUCUUUUGUGCAUUUUAUUAACAAUUUUACAAUUGUGUUGUGGGCAUUCUGUGAGAAUUGAAUAGUUGGAGGUUUUUUUUUUUGGACAUUGAAAUGUAUUUAAUUGGUGUAUUUUGCUGAAUAGGGGGAAAAGUUUAUUUGAGAUGUCUCUACAUUGUAGUGAGACUUUUACCGUGUUUUUCAAUUUCCUGUUGUAUUGAUAUAAACAUUUCAAAUUUGUAGUGCAUCAAAUUGUGAUAAUUAAACUAUUGCAACAAAUAAUGUUAAUGCGCUGAAGUGAUUGAUUAGAGACGAACAAAACAAUUAAUUUUUUUUAAACAUUAAAGAGAGAAAACAUAUUAAAACAUUUUGUGACAAACAUUCGGCUAGAGAGUGAAAAAAAAAAACCGCCAAUAGACUCAACAAAUUCUCUUAUCGAUCAUUUUUACGUCAAGUUUUUACCCAUUUUCGGAACAUACAAAAAGAAAGCACCAAAACGAGAACAAAAAAUUGAAGCAAAUUUGCGGCUAAUGCGAUAGAGAAAGACUAAUCAAUGUUGAGGCGAGGUCAAAAAAUUCUCAUUUUUGCGAAAAAAUAUUAAAAAUAAUAAUAAUAAAAAAAAAAGACUGAAAAUGUGUCUCUUGGCGUGCGUUGAAACAGCACCACCAAAUCCGGGACAUUAUUGAUAAAACAAGACUCUCUGGCACAAAAGCACAUUAGCUGGAAUCUUCCCCUUGGUUGUCUUCUUCUUGUGACGUUCCUCGUGAAGUAUACACGUUAUAUUUUCAUUUUAUGUGACCUCCUCAAUUGAGACACAAAAAAAAAACAUUUAUUGGUUUUUGCAAAAGAAACUGUAAGAGACAAGAAUAAAAAGAUAGAGAAAAAAUGCCAUCGUGGCUACGUAAAUCAUUUGAGUGGGUGAAGCAGAAAAAGUGCUUAAAGGGCAAAGGGAAGAAAUCCCUGUCCAAUGUGCGAGUUAAUAAUGAUUUGAGUCCAGCUAAAAGGCAAUUUCGUGGUGAAAAAGACAUCAAUAUCUACAGAGAUUAUGGCAAAUUCCUAGCUGAUGGAUAUUUCUUCUUCAAAGAUGAAACACCUGAAUGUCGAAUUCAUUCAGCCAUGGUGUCAAAGGUGAAUCCAGUGGCACGUUCUGUCACUGUUGAGUGGUGUGAGGAGAAUGAGACAAAGGGCAAGGAGGUAGAAUUGGAUACAAUUCUAUCCCUCAAUGCUGAUAUUCUCAAUGCAGAACCUGUAGCAGACACUAGGUGCCUUGUGGAACCUACGCCAGCACCAGCUAACCUCAGUCGAGACUCUUCCCAUUCAUCUGUCGAAGAUGAUGUAUUCCCAAAUGAGGCGGAAGAUGAGGAAAAUGGUGGUCAACAGAAUCAUGCUGGAAGCAAUUCUGUUCCAGCCAGUGGAACACUCUCAAUUCGGACUCCGGUAGCCGGAAAUAAAUCGAAUGCUACACAGGGUGCAAUUCGAUUAGGAAUUAGCAAUAAUAUUCACGAGCGCAACAAGAGACAGACGCGAUCGUCCUCGGCGACAGCCCAUCACAGUCAGCAGAACGGUCAGGCGGAACAGUCGGAGAACUUGCCGCCGCAGCCACAGACGGCCACAAGGGUGACCAGGGGAGGGGCUGUUGGUGGGGGUCAAACCACAAGAAUGUCAACGGUAUCAACGUCUGUGCCUGUGCCAGUGUCCUCAACCACCACCGUGGGCUCCCAGAGGCUGUCGUAUGUGGUGAAGGAAGUGGAGAAGCUCAAGGAGAACCGGGAGAAAAGACGGGCCCGACAGGCGGAGCUGAAGGAGGAGAAGACGGCUCUGAUGAAUAUGGAUCCGGGGAAUCCCAAUUGGGAAUCAGCUGCGAUGAUUCGUGAAUAUCAGAGUACAAUCAAUUUCAAUCCCAUUCACGAUGGUCAUGCCAUUGAGGAUCAUCAGAUAACGGUGUGCGUGAGGAAGAGGCCGCUCAAUAGGAAGGAAUUGGCCAAGAAGGAAUUGGAUGUUAUAACUGUGCCUGUGAAGGAUCAAAUGAUUGUGCAUGAGCCCAAAACAAAAGUUGAUCUCACGAAAUUCCUGGAAAAUCACAAAUUUCGCUUUGACUAUGCCUUCGAUGACAAGUGCAACAAUGAACUGGUGUACAAGUACACGGCUCAGCCACUUGUUCAGACCAUCUUUGAGGGUGGUAUGGCCACGUGCUUUGCCUACGGGCAGACAGGAUCGGGAAAGACUCACACAAUGGGUGGGGAAUUCAAUGCGAGUGGAAAGGUGCAAGACUGCAAGAAUGGCAUCUAUGCAAUGGCUGCCAAGGAUGUCUUCAACUAUCUCAAAAAUCCACGCUAUAGUCAUUUGCGAUUAGUCGUGUCGGCCAGCUUCUUUGAAAUAUACAGUGGAAAGGUAUUCGACUUACUGGCAGACAAAGCACGCCUGCGAGUGUUAGAAGAUGGAAAGCAGCAGGUGCAGGUGGUAGGUUUGACGGAAAAGGUAGUGGAUGGUGUUGAACAGGUUCUCAAGCUCAUCCAGCACGGCAACAGUGCCCGAACAGCCGGACAAACUGCAGCCAAUUCCAAUUCAUCACGAUCCCAUGCAGUGUUCCAGAUUGUGCUGAGGCCACCGGGUACCACAAAAAUCCAUGGCAAAUUCUCAUUCAUUGAUUUGGCAGGAAAUGAACGUGGAGCUGAUACAUCGUCUGCCAAUCGACAGACACGGAUGGAGGGGGCGGAAAUCAAUAAAUCUCUGCUGGCACUGAAAGAAUGUAUCCGGGCGCUGGGAAAACAAAGUGCCCAUUUGCCUUUCCGUGUUAGCAAACUCACGCAAGUUCUGAGGGAUUCCUUCAUUGGGGAAAAGAGCAAAACUUGCAUGAUAGCCAUGAUAUCGCCUGGACUGAGUUCCUGUGAGCACACACUCAAUACUUUGAGGUAUGCUGAUCGGGUGAAGGAGUUGGUGGUGAAGGAUACAGCUCCGGGUGAGAAUAUGGAUAUCGUUCCCGAUGAGAACAAGAAUGGCCAGACGAAUGGGAACAAUGAUCUAGCACAACUGCGAUCACUCAGUGAUCAUGAUAUGUCUGUCGAGCAAUUCAAUCAACACGCCGCAAUUUCUGAUCUUCAGCACACUGAAGAGUUGCUUCUUGAUCAACAUCGAGCCAUGAUCGAUUGCCUGGAAAAUUACUACCCUGAACUUGUAGAUCUGUUUGCAUUGGCCAAUAAUGUGGAUUAUGAUCAAGACGCAUAUUGCAAACGAGGCGAAGAGAUCUUCACAAAAGUGGCAGAGAUAGCAAUUGCCUGCAAAGAGUUGAUGAGUGAGUUUCGGAAUAAGUUGAUGAAGGAGGAACUCAUUUCGCACAACGUCAGCCCAAAUCGGCGCUAAAAACAAAAUGUGGCAGCACUUGAGGUUUGUCUCUCUAAAUCUUUUAUUAUAUAUAUAUUUUUCAACAGUAGAAGAAGAUGGAGAAAGAGAAAAAAAAGAAUUAUUCCCUUGAAGAUGAUGAAAAAAAAAUUCCUGUUGCUAAUAAUGUUGAUUAUUCUGACUAAUAAGGAUUCUAUUAUUAAAAAAAAAAAAAGAGAAGCAAAUGAUGAUAUUUAAAGAGGAGAGAGAAUAUUGAAGAAGCACACAUGAUAACAAAUGGAAACACCAGUGUUUUUAAAGACAAUGUAAAAUUUUAAUCAAAGAAUCAAUCUCUUUUGAAAGACAUUUUUAAUUAAGGAAUAUUUACUUAUUAUUAUAUUUAUGAUGAAAUAAGAAAAAAAAAUAAUCUCACAAAUUAAUAAGUCCAAAAAGAAUUAUGACUUUGGUGAGGAAAAUGUUUUAAGCUCAAAAGACAAGUCAAGGGAUUCUUCUUCAGAACACUUUGGGUUUUCAGAAGAAGAGAAUAACAAAUGAAAGAAAAAGAAAAUAUUUGAGAAAUACUCACCAUUAAACUUCUAAUUAUUAAUUUAAUUUAGAAUUUUUUAUACUUUGUCUCCAGUUUAUAAUUUUAAUUUUUUUUUGUCAUUUUCAUAAUGCAAACUUACUUAUUAACAAAAAAAAAUAUAGCAAAAAAUGUGAGAAUACCUAUUAAAAAAAAAGAGAAAUACAUGACUAAUUUCUUGUCUUUUUCUCUAUAAUUGAGAGAAUGUGAAGAUAAUGUCAUUAUUUUGUCUUCACAUUCAGUGACUUAUUUAGUAAUUCAUUUUUUUUUAAUAUCACAUUCUUUCCUAUUGUUCACGCAUUAGCUUUUUUGUCGUUUUGAAUAAAUCAUUUUUAUUUUUUUUUGUGAUAGUAGAAGGGAGAUGAGAAAGAUAAAAUACGGAGAAAAUUGAUUGUAUUUUUGUGUUUGACAUCACGGACAAUUUUCACAGUUUUUUCUUUUUUUUAUAUAAAGUAAAACAAGGAAAAACACAAAAUAUCAUGCUUAAUGAGAGAGAAAGAGAUUUAUAUAAGAAGUUAUUCAAAAAGAAGAAAAAAAACGCCUAAAAUAAAAAUGCAUUUGAGAGGAAAGAGAGAGAAAGUGCUUAAAAAGGGAAAAGCGAUAAUUUCCAAAUAGUGCUGAAAAUUACGACAUUCCUAUUUUUGUUUUAAUCAAAAAAGAAAAACAUCAAAAAGCGGGAUGAUUAUCCUUGAGUUUGUAGAUGAAAUGAAAAGGAAUUAAUGCUGUAUUUUUGCCUCUCAACUUGAUUUUGUCAACCAAACACUUUGGAGAGUGAUGAUGAUGAAAAAAAAAACAGAGAAACAUUAAUAAACAUUAAAAAAGAAAUGCGAUUAACUGAUA